AUGUCUACGUUAGAAGAAUUGGAGCAGGACGAACUCAUCGACCAAGAAAUUGCAUCUUCGUCCACGCAGGACAUCAUCAACCGCACAAAGCUUCUUCACAAUGACAUCCAGGUGAUGUUUUCCGAGUCGCAGCGACUUUCACACGAAAAGGCGGUUAUGACAGAGAGAAUCAAGGAUAACCAGGAGAAAAUCAACAACAACAAGCAGUUACCGUAUUUGGUCAGUAAUGUGGUGGAGCUUUUGGACUUAGAUGCGGAGAAGGAAGCGCUUGAGCAAGGUGCCAAUGUCGAUGUGGAUGCAGCUCGACUGGGUAAACUGGCGGUUAUCAAAACGUCAACGAGGCAAACGAUUUUCUUGCCGCUUAUUGGGCUUGUUGACGAGGCACAAUUGAAGCCAAACGACUUGAUUGGUGUCAAUAAGGAUUCCUACUUGAUUUUGGACACUUUGCCCUCCGAAUACGACUCCAGAGUGAAGGCAAUGGAAGUGGACGAGAAACCCACAGAAAACUACUCGGACAUUGGUGGUUUGGACAAGCAGAUUGAAGAAUUGAUCGAGGCUGUCGUUUUGCCCAUGAAGCAAGCAGACAAGUUCAAGGCGCUUGGUGUCAAACCACCCAAAGGUGCUUUGAUGUAUGGGCCACCGGGAACAGGUAAAACGCUUCUUGCGCGUGCUUGUGCAGCACAGUCGGGUGCCACUUUCCUUAAGUUGGCUGCCCCACAGUUGGUGCAGAUGUUCAUUGGAGAUGGAGCCAAGUUGGUUCGAGAUGCAUUUGCCUUGGCCAAGGAAAAGGCACCAACGAUUAUUUUCAUUGACGAGUUGGACGCGAUCGGAACAAAGCGGUUCGAUUCCGACAAGAGUGGUGACCGUGAAGUUCAGCGGACGAUGUUGGAGCUUUUGAACCAGCUAGAUGGAUUCGGUUCUGACGAUCGUGUGAAGGUUUUGGCUGCAACCAACAGAGUGGACACGUUGGAUCCUGCGUUGUUGCGUUCUGGUCGGUUGGACAGAAAAAUCGAGUUCCCAUUGCCGACUGAAGAAGCACGUGAGUCGGUGUUGAAGAUCCACGCCCGUAAAUUGAACUGUGACCACACCUCCGUGAACUGGAGAGAAUUGGCGCGGUCCACAGACGAAUUCAACGGUGCGCAGUUGAAGGCUGUCACUGUCGAGGCCGGAAUGAUUGCAUUGCGGAAUGGAAAAUCCAUCAUUCGCCACGAGGAUUUCGUUGAAGCUAUUGGUGAAGUGCAAGCACGCAAGUCCAAGUCCGUCAACUUCUACGCCUAG